UUCGAGUAACCUAUAUGCGCUACAUUUUCCACAUACAUGUGCUGCUUUUUAAAAGAAAAUACUUUGUCAACACUGCUUAUAUACACUUGACUGUUAUCAUCGUUGUCCUUACAUUGUUCCGGUGCAAAACAAACAAUAGCACCGUAAAGGACCUGGAAUGAUGUUUCACGUCCUUUCUGAGAGGGUUCCUUCCUAUUGAAAUGUAUUACAGAGAGCUAUUUAAUUCAUAACAACUGCAGUUUCAAAGAAAAAACAGAUUAUUGUGUGCUGUUUGUACUGUAACUUUUCUUAAUGUGGUUUGGGAGAACUCCAGGUGGACUGUCAUUGUGAGAAUGCACAAGAGGCUAUUAGUGCUGACAAUGGUCUGCUAAUGCAUAUCAGAGCCUCAUCACAGAUUUCAUUAUGAUUUUGAGUAGACAGUGCUGGGCAGAUUAGACAGUGUGAGAAAUUAGAUACAUAAUCAGCUUCUCUUGCCAAGACGCAGAGACAAGCAGGACUAAUAUCCAGUGCUUCUUGAGACAGGUGCAAUUCGACAUGCCACGCAGAUCAUCAUAGAAAUCUACUUGACACGUUGUCCCACUUUUGGAACAAGUCAUGAGACCUCAUACACGAUGCAUGUUAGUUAGCAUGUCUAUUUGAGUGUGCGCUGAAUUGGUAGUUGGAAUCAGUUUGUUUUAAGGUAAGAAAGUGUGUUAUACCAUAGAAGAACUGCUUGAUGCAAUCACAGUCAGAUUCAGGAGAGUGCUUAUACUGUCCCUGGGGAGUCUUAUAGCCUAGCCUCUACAGGCUGUUUAGAGGGAAGAUUUACAGAUUAAGUAAUUGAAGAUGUGGCAUAUAGUUUGGGUGAUGAGUGUUUGAUUAUAAAAGGGAAAUGUGGAAGAUGGUGCAGGUUAUAGUGUAUUUGACAAAUAAAGAAAAGAAAAGAAAAAAACUUUGUAUGCAUAAUACUGUGUGAAGAUCCGAAAAGAUGAACAGGAAAAGAUUAGAUAUGCAGAAUCCCCAAUCUUUUUUAUCCUCUUUAGGCCCCAGGUAGAGAGACUGGGAUUGUGUGCCAGUACUUACUGUAGUAUGACAGUGGUUGAAUUUUUGCUUUGUAAAACCUAUAAAACAGAAAAUAUGAUUUAAAAUAAAAAUUAUAUGGCUGUCAGUGCAUGAAAAUAAUUUUUUUUCACAAAAUAAAAACUCAGGUAAUGUCAUAUUUUUCUAGUUAACAUGUUAACAAUUUCAGUUCCAGGGAAAUACUACUACUACUACCAAUAAUAAUAAGAGGGCUUGUAUUUGUGUGGUGCAAUACUCUUGCAUAAAAAGUAAAAAAAGUGAAUAAUUGUUAUAUUGGCCAGGAUACAUAAGACAAACAUUAUUUAAUAUGAUCACUUUCAUAGGGCACUUUCUUGAUUUAUUUACCUUCUAAAUGUAAACUUUUUCUUUGCUCUAAAGUUCACUCAAGUCAGCUCCAGCUGCACGGGCUGUUUUAUGAAAAGCUUUGGUGCUUUUGUUUUGGUGCUGCAGACAAUGAGAGACAUGGCUGCUAUUCUCUUCUAUCUUUUUCAUGAUAGGGUACAGCGGGGCUAUAGGCCCUUUUGAUGUUAUUUUCUGCCAAAACACUCAAUAGCAAAAAAAAAAAAAAAAAAAAAAAAAAAACACACUUUCCUAAACACCUGUUUGUUGCAAUGUCUGAUGUAUGAGAGCAUUGCAGACAAUAUCUAAAGGCUAGUUCUGAGGUAAUUUCAGCUAGAACAUAGAGUAACUGUUUAUAAUAAGCAUUGUGGAUUUAUGUAGCUAAUAAGAAUUCCUGAAACUGUCACAUAUAUUUGGAGACUUGAGAUUUCCACUGUUAUUGCACAUCGAUUUCAGCCAAAUACAUGCAUGGACAGUAUUUGAGGUAAAAGUCCCCAUAUUGUUGGAACCCCAAGAUGUAGCCUAUAAAGUUCAUUUUCAAUGAGUUCUAAUACAAUAGUUUAGCUUGGAAUGAGACAAGAUAAAGCGGAUGUUGUGCUAAACAAGCAUCACAUCCCCCACCUUCCUAAACCAACAUUUGCUGAAGUGGUUAUUUUGUGCUCAAAAGUCACCUAAAAUAUCUUGUUAUAUCAAGAUAUUUGCAUUUUCCAUAUCAGUAUUGCUCCUAUAUUUACAUUAUAUUACAACAGUCCCCUGAUGGACCUUUAGCCCCACUGGCUCCCUUUGUUGUUACAUGAUUUCUUGUCAAAAAAUUAUGAUGCUUCAUCAAUAUUCAAAAGAAGUUAAAUAUUUAAUUUUUCAAUAUAUUAAAUAUGUUUUGGGACCUGUAUAUAUAUUUUUUAUCAUAGGUCAGUUAAACCCUUCAGCAGCAACUGUCCGCUCUGGACCAAUUAAAGGGCUUUAAUUCAAAAAGUGGAUCUGUUGCUGGGUUGAUAGUGACAAUCUCUAACCUACAGACAUGAUUUUUGGUAGAUGUUGUGGGCUUUGUUUUAUUAUUACACAAUAAUAGCCUGGAAAUUCUGGUCUAUUUAUAGAUUUAUAAGGAGGGCAGGAUAAUGGACAGUGUCUGUGUCAGGCUUGCAUUGAAAAUGACUUAACGGCAGUCUGUGCAAUGCAGUGUGGUUUCUGUGGUCAUUUGGCUGCAAUGUUGUGUCAAUAUCAGUGAAAGCAAAUUCUGCAGAGAACAGGAUCCAGUCCUAUACUGUAUAUACUAUGUAUGCUUAAUUUAUGCAACAGGCUAUAUGUUUAUUUCCAGUUCUUGCUCAAGCCCUGAUCUCAAUGGGUUUGUGCUCAGGCAGAAGUAAACAAAGAUAAGCAUGUAGGUAUUCUUAUGUCCGUGAUGAAAGAGAGGUACUUGCCGAGCUAUCUAAAUUAUGCAAAUGUUAUUACAGAUCUCAUUUCAGUGCUAUUUGUAUGAAAUGUAUUGUCUGAGAAAGAAAUAGCCAUCAGGCAAUUUUCUCAAGGACUUUACUUUUGUGCAACAUGAUGUCAGAAAUCUGGAAGAUUGUUUUGUAUUUGUAAAAUGUUCUAAAUGUUUUUUUUCAGCGUAGAUGAACGGGCCAUGCGUGACUCACAGAAUUUACUCACGCGUAUGUAGGUAGUGUGGGAGCAAACGUAGGAUGUACUGUACGUCGAUACGGUGCAUGUGUUACCCAGGUGUAGGAUGUUUGAUGCUGGCCGCCCUCUCCAGCAGAGCUCCUGCCACUUCAUCUCAACCGCCUCUUGGAGUUAAAGUCUUCAUCGCCUAGGAAACGGUUUCAUGAGUGGCCCAUCUCUCGCUCUCCCUCUGCGUGUGUUUUGCUCUGUCUACAUUUCACUCACGCUCUCCCCCGCAGCCCAGCCGAAGGGGUAGGAGGUGUUGUGGGGGUGACAUCACUAACAGAGCCAAACUUCUGCUGAUCACGAUCUUGGUGGCAUUUGGAGGCCUAAGGUCGGAGUCAUAGACAAAAACACAAACACAUUUCUCAAAGAUCACCCACUAUUUGAUCCCCUGUCUCUCAGACACCUCCUUAUGUCUGCCUGUCUAAACAAGCCAAUUAGGAGGGUCCAUUUUGACAUUUGCAUUUUCAAUGGGGCUUAUUUUUUCAUAUUAUUGUGGAACAAAUGCUGUGCUUUAGGGCUGUACAAUUAAUCGGAAUACAACCCAAAUUGGGAUAUGGCUUAGCGGCAUUAUCAAAUUGCAAAGACUGAGAUUGAAUUUAUAAAUAUAUGCGCUGCGUGUUCAGUGUGAAGCAUGGCACUGUCCUCAGGUGUUUGCAGUAUCAGAGCGGCUCAGUUCACAGUAAAUGCUGCUCCACACAAAUUCUGCAUCUGCUCUGAGUUUGGGUCGCUUUAACGUGCAUUUGGGAACAUGCACCAACCAUCUUUGCAUACUUGUAAUAAGAAGUGCUUAUUCAAGUUUAUUCAUUUGAAUAGCGCUUUUCACAAUACAUAUUGUUUCAAAGCAACUUUACAAAAAAAAAAAAAAGCUUGUUUCAUUGUUCCAAUUUGGGAAGUAUUCAGUUAUCAGAUAGAGAUUAGAGUAUCAAAGUACACUGUAAAAAUAAGUCCGUAAAUAAUGGAAAAAGUACUGGCAGCUCAUUACCAGGACAUUAUCCAGUAAUUUUACGGACAUUUCUGUUAACCCUACAACACAACUCAAUGAAGUGAAAAUUCUAAAUACAAGUAAAACAACUGUAAAAAAAAAUAAAAUAAUAUAGUGUAUGUUAUGUGGCUAGUUAUUUUGAUGUAUUCAGUUAAGCUAAGACAAUAAACGUGUUAGUCAGCAAUUCCGACUUGGGCUCGUAAUAAUUACAAUAUAAGGGUAAUAUUACAAUAUUAGGUUAAUUUUUUUGUGUUGAUCCAAAGUUGCUGUCAUCUGAAAUCUUUGUCUUCAUUGUCUGAAAACAUGGAAGGAGAGAGGAGAGAAUAUAAUUAGCAUAGCUGCUGUUUAGCAAAAAAUAAUCACAUGGAUUUGGUAUAUUUCAUCAGAUUAAAUUGUAGUACUUUGUAUUAUUAUGAAAAGCAAUAUGUGAAUGCUUGGUUAAAGAGAUGAUUUAAACAGAGAGAGCGUGUCUUACCCACAUUCCAGAGUUUAGGAGCUUAUCGACAAAAGAAAAGCUUAAGGGCUCCCUGUGGUUUUCCGUCAAAAUAAAAGUUUGAUAGUUUAACACAUGAAAAUAAAGAAAUUGCUUUAAAUAUGUGUAAUUUUAUAUAGUAACAUAUUACAAUUAUUAUUAAUAUGUCUUUUGUUUUUAUUUAGUCAUUUUUAUAUUUUUAUUUAGUAUUGAUUGAUUGAUUGAUUGAUUUCCAUUUUUGCCAAAUUAUGUAGCCCUACAAACAAGCACAGCAAACCUUAAAAUCCCAUUUUAAAUUUCAAUUUUGAUCAGUAAAAUCACAAUUAGAUUUUUUCCCCUAAUUGUGCAGCCCUACCCUGCUGUAUGUGCAAUGUAGGCUGUGUGAGUUUUUGCAUGUGACGUGUUGUGUGGAGGUCGUGUAUGUGUACAUGCUGGACAGUUCAGAAGUGCGUGUUAAUCAUGAGGCAAAGAGAGCAGCAUAAACACCUUCAAGGAGGCUGUGCAGGGGUGAGAUGAGGUGUGUGGUUGUACAUAUGUCAGGGAGGGGAGUAAGUGAGGGAGUUUAAAUGAAGGGAUCUUGCUGUUGCCUGGCUACCGGCGGGAGCUGUUCCAUCAUUCUUGUCUCCAGCCACCUCUCCCACACGAGCAGCCUGCACCAGUCAAUGAGCAUGUUCUCUUUCUCUACCCCCAUUCUUUUCACAUACAUACACUCGCACGUUGGGCAACAGUCGCACACAGACUAUUGAAACGGCUCUUUUUCUUGUAGUCGCUAACGCAGAGCCCUGUUUGGCUUUGCGUCUGUGAAGGCGAGAGGAUAAAAGACAUGGAAAGCCUGUGCUGGUUCAGCAAAUAUCACAAUGAACCAAAGGUAAAGAUGUCUCAGGUGAAGCAGGUUGGCCUGCUGGCCGCUGGAUGUCAGCCUUGGAAUAAAGACGUGUGUGCUGCCAGUGGGGAUAGGUUUGCGUAUUGUGCCACGCUCGCCAUAUAUGUGUACCAACUUGAUCACAGAUACAAUGAGUUUAAGCUGCGAGCAAUCAUGUCUGAACACAAGAAGACAAUCACAGCUAUAUCGUGGUGUCCACACAACCCUGAAGUGUUUGCUAGUGCGAGUGCUGAUAACCUCCUCAUCAUUUGGAACGUGGCCGAGCAGAAGGCCAUUGCACGGCUAGAUAACACCAAAGGUAUCCCAGCUUCUCUAAGCUGGUGCUGGAAUGCAGGUGACAGUGUUGCGUUCGUAUCCCACCGGGGUCCUCUGUACAUAUGGACCAUCUCUGGGCCUGACUCAGGAGUCACUGUGCACAAGGAGGCUCACAGUUUCCUGUCGGAUAUCUGCCUGUUCCGCUGGCAUCCAUUGAAGAAGGGAAAAGUGGUGUUUGGACACACUGAUGGCAGUCUGUCCAUCUUUCAGCCAGGCUCAAAGAAUCAGAAGCACGUACUGCGGCCCGAGUCGUUAGAAGGCACAGAUGAGGAGGACCCCGUCACAGCUCUAGAGUGGGACCCUCUCAGCACAGACUACCUACUGGUGGCCAACAUGCACAAUGGCAUCCGACUGCUGGACUCUGAGUCUUUAUCCUGCAUCACUACCUUUAGUUUCCCCAGUGCUGCUGCCUCCGUGCAGUGUCUGGCAUGGGUGCCCAGCGCCCCUGGCAUGUUUAUCACAGGGGAUUCUCAAGUUGGCGUGCUAAGAAUAUGGAACGUAUCAAGAGCGACACCUCUGGAUAACUUUAAACUGAAGAAAACCGGCUUCCAUGCACUUCAUGUUUUAAAUUCUCCACCAGCAAAGAAAUCAUUUAGCUCAAAUUCCCCUUCCAAGAACCACUACACCUCCUCCACUAGCGAGGCUGUGCCUCCACCUACUCUUUCACAGAACCAGGCCUUCUCUCUCCCACCCGGCCAUGCUGUCUGCUGUUUCAUGGAUGGGGGUGUCGGACUGUAUGACAUGGGUGCCAAAAAGUGGGACUUCCUGCGGGAUCUGGGUCAUGUUGAAACUAUCUUUGACUGCAAAUUCAAGCCAGAUGACCCAAACAUUCUAGCUACAGCUUCAUUUGAUGGGACGAUAAAAGUCUGGGAUAUAAACACCUUAACUGCUGUGUACACAUCUCCGGGCAAUGAGGGAGUGGUUUACUCUCUGUCCUGGGCCCCUGGAGAUUUGAACUGCAUAGCAGGUGCUACGUCAAGAAAUGGCGCCUUUAUUUGGGAUGUUAAAAAGGGGAAAAUGAUCACAAGAUUUAAUGAGCAUGGGAAGAAUGGUAUUUUUUGUGUUGCUUGGAGUCAUAAGGAUUCCAAAAGAAUAGCCACAUGCAGUGGAGAUGGAUUUUGCAUAAUUCGAACCAUUGACGGCAAAGUGUUGCACAAAUACAAACAUCCAGCAGCAGUGUUUGGCUGUGACUGGAGUCAAAAUAACAAAGAUAUGAUUGCCACAGGCUGUGAAGACAAGAAUGUUCGAGUCUAUUACUUGGCCACCAGUUCUGACCAGCCACUAAAAGUCUUUACAGGUCACACGGCCAAAGUAUUCCAUGUGCGCUGGUCACCUCUCAGAGAGGGCAUACUGUGCAGUGGCUCAGAUGAUGGGACUGUCCGUAUCUGGGAUUAUACCCAAGAUGCUUGCAUUAACGUGCUGAGUGGCCACACUGCUCCAGUUCGGGGUCUCAUGUGGAACACAGAGGUUCCGUACCUUUUGACCUCAGGGAGCUGGGACUACACCAUCCGUGUCUGGGACACCAGAGAUGGCACUUGUCUAGACACCGUAUAUGACCAUGGAGCUGAUGUCUAUGGUUUGACAUGUCACCCCAGCCGUCCAUUCACCAUGGCUUCCUGCUCCAGAGAUUCUACGGUCAGACUUUGGUCACUUACUCCUCUAAUUGCUCCCUUAGCGGUCAACAUCCUUACUGACCACAGUUGGGAUGACAUCAUUGGCAACACAGAUCGUGCUAUGGUUCCUGGAGCCCCUCCCCUCCUGUGUGGAAAAGUUUCCAGAGAUAUCAAACAGGAGCUGGAUAAACUCUCUAGCGAUGUGCGCAUGAAGAAGCUCAGAUGGUUCUCUGAGUGUUUCUCACCACCAGGAGGGAGUCAGAACCUGUGGGAUCUGGUUGCUGUAAUCAAUGGGCAGGAUGAUAGUCUUCUUCCUCAGAACUAUGGGCAGGGCAUCAUGCAUAUGAAACACCUGGUCCGCUUCAAAACCUCUGAAGCACAAGAGCUGACCAUAGUAAAGAUGUCAAAGUUUGGGGGUGGGAUUGGAGCACCUAGUAAAGAGGAAAGGCUCAAGAAUGCAGCAGAAAUCCAUAUCAGACUGGGUCAAAUCCAGAGAUACUGUGAGCUUAUGGUGGAACUGGGAGAGUGGGAGAAGGCUCUUUCUGUGGCCCCUGGUGUCUCCAUGAAAUACUGGAAAAAGCUCAUGCAAAGGAGAGCAGACCAGCUCAUGCAAGAAGGCAAUGAUGAUGUCAUCCCAUACUGCAUCGCCACUGGUGAGGUGAAAAAGUUGGUGAAUUUCUUCACCUCUAGAGGUCAGCUGAAAGAAGCUGUGCUGGUGGCUCAGGGUGCUUGUGAGGGUAAUAUCCAUGGCCCUCAGAUCACAUCAAUAAACCAUGCCGCAAACUCAGACAAUGACAACAUCGAAAAAUACUGCGGAAUGUUGCACAGAGUGUGUAAAGAGCUGGCAGAGUGGUAUUUCCAAGAUGGUCGUGCUGUGUUGGCAGCUUGCUGUCAUCUAGCUGUAGACAACACAGAAUUGGCUAUGGCAUCUCUGAUCAGAGGCAAUGAGCUGGAGCUGGCAGUGUGUGUGGGCACAGUCCUGGGAGAAUCAGCCAGUAAAGCCACCCACUAUGUUCUGGAGCUCUUGGCCAGGAAAUACAUGACCACUGCCACCUGGGAUCUUGCAGCAAGAUUACUUCAAAUGAUCCCUGAUAACGAGAUCUUGUUAGCCAAACUGUGUGCCUUCUACCCUGGCAGCUCAGCCGAAAUCAACGACCUGCAUGAAAAGUGUGGUCUACCGUCUUUAGAAGAAUGUAAAGAGCUUGCUGAGAAUGCACAUGCUGAGGGAGAAAUCUUCCAAGCAGUAAAGUAUUACCUCUUGAGCCCAGAACCAGAAAAGGCUCUUCCCAUCGGGAUCACAUAUGUCAAAGAGCAGCUGAGCUCUCCUGACUGGGCGGUGGACUCUGUGUACCACAUCCUAGACCUGCUGAGCUACAUCAGAACAGACCGUCUUAUUCUCCCAAAGUGUAGUGAAGACCGCAAUGAGUUGCUUAUUCUUUGUGGGUAUAUUGGUGCACUAUUAUCCAUUGGGAGACAGUAUUCAAGUAUAGUGCCAGCACUGUAUGAAUACACAAGUCAGCUGCUGAAGAGAAGAGACGUGGCUGUACCACUGGAGAUAGAGCAGUUGUCUUUAGAGUUGGAGGCCUGGAGAGCCUGCACACAAUCCCUCAAAGCGGCAGACGACACCUCAUACGCGCCACCAUCUGAGGCCCAGAAAGCAGAAUACAGUCAGCUGUUGAGUCGGAUGAGAGACGAGCCCAUCAAGGGCCUAGAGGGUCCUGACUAUGUCACUGGCUCCAACUUGCCCAGCCACUCUGACGUCCAGAUUUCCUGCUUCACUGGCCUCAGGAUACAGGGUCCAGCAUUCUUCCUGGAAGAUGGCAAAUCAGCCAUUUCACUAAACGAUGCCCUGAUGUGGGCAAAAGUGAACCCUUUCUCUCCAUUAGGGACGGGUAUACGCCUCAACCCCUUCUGAGAAUGCAACAAAUGUGAGCAGUAUUCUGGCUGGUCUGGCUCUGGAAUGUCAGCAUUUGGAAAGGGGACAACAUUCCCGUUUUUUCUCAGAAAGUAUAUGUCAUGAAACAGCAGAAUGUCCAA